UUCACUCACCGCUGCAGAAGCACAGAACACAAGGAGAAGCCAUGAGGAACACAAUGCUGGGGAUGCUGGGCGCCCUGAUGUGUGUGCUGGCGGCCUGCGCCAAGGUCGUGCCCGUUCAAGACUUCGACCUGGAGAAGAUGGCAGGCAAGUGGUAUAUCGUUGGCUUGGCCACGAAUGCCAAGUGGUUCGUGAACAACAAGGCAGUGAUGAAGACCACUACUGCCAUGUUAGUGCCCACUGGAGGAGACCUGAACCUCACCUAUGCCAACCUGAAUGCUGAUGGUUCCUGCUGGAGAACGACCCAACUUGCUAAUAAAACGGACACACCUGGACACUUCUCCUUCCACAGCCACAUUUGGAACAAUGACAACGACAUGCAGAUUGUGGACGUGGCGUACGAUGAAUACGCUCUGGUCUACACUGUCAAGACACAGGAGAGCGUGUCGGAGGUCCUCACCCAGCUCUACAGUCGCACUCCUGAGGUCACGCUGGUCCUGCAGCAGAAGUUUACCCAGUUCUCCCUGGAGAAUGGCGCCCUCCCUGACAACGUUGUUAUCUUGUCUCAGAAUGGCGAGUGUCCCCUGGUCUGAAGGGUCCCCCGCUAUUUGCCAUCCUUCAUCUCUUGCUGUCCCAGGAUUUCUUCUCAGAGGAAUCUCAUUUUUCCUGCUCACUGAUAUUUGCAUCCUCUCAAAGCUACACAUUCAGCAUUUUAUUCUGUCCCUGCUGCAUACCAAAGACUAAUCCUGAUCGUAGUUCAGGACUCAUUACAACUCACACAUUGACUGUGGCAUCAGAGUGGAACCAAAAAGGGCUGAUGUUGAAACAAAGGGAAUGCUUAAAAAGGCCUGUUCUACUGUUUUGUUAGAAACUCAAAACCGGAAAAAAACCCAGAAUGAAUCUUUCACUGUUCAGCCUGGUUUUGUGUUGUUGGCAGAAAUAAAAACUGCAUCAUAAAUUCAA